UGAGGAUCAGAUAGCAAUAAAACAGAAAGAGCUGGACGGUCUAGUUGGUCAAACAGUCAUUUCUUCUUCCACUGAGAAACCACCAGACAGCGAUUCUGGCGAGCUGACCAUAACUGCACCGGAGAAACAGUUAGAUCAUCAGACAGAGAUCUCCUCGCUUAAUCUUGCCCAGAUAAAGAUUUCUCAGGAUGGCCAUAAAACAUCUGGAGAGGCAAAUGCUGAAGAGGUUGAGGAGAAUUGCAAAGCCCAGGAUACUCCUUCCUACCCUGUAGCACCAGAGGAAGCAAGCCAUCAACUGUUUUCUCAUCCGCAGUUGUACAAACAAAAACAACAAUCAGAUCAAAUGGCCUUUGAGGAUCAGGACCAGGAGAGCGCACCAGAGGAACAGGAGGAAGCAGCCAUCAUAUCAGACACAGAUGAGGCGGUGGAAGAGGAGAUGGAGGAUGGAGUAGCUGUGGAAGAGGAGCAGGCACCACUCAGUACAGACGAGGAGGAUAAUAAGGGACACAGUGCUUUACCUCAGUCUUCUCCAAGAGCCAGUCCCCAGUCCUCGCCAGCUAGAGUUAAAGAUAUGUUUUCAACCCCAACAUUCUCACUCGGCUGUAGCCCCAGCAGUUCCCCAUCCAAAGGGACCUCUGAAGUCAAGUCUCCAGCUUCCCUGUUCUCCAUGAACUCUGGUCGCAGCCCCACAGGCUUUUCUAGAUUUGGGUUUGACAUGGGCUCUUCCCAAGAGGAGGAGUCACCUUUCACCUUCACUAGCUCUUAUUUCAGUGACAAGAAAAUCUCUGAAUCCCAAUCACCAAGCGGCACGGGGUUUCUGUUUGAGCAAACAGACAAGUGUGAGGACUUCCAGUUUUCCUUUGCCUCAAAGAGUCCCCAGACAACUACAGCUGACCAAGAUAAGACUAGCAGUGAUGACUUUUCCUUCUCAUUCAACUUUGGAAAGUUUUAAGAAAAACGUUGAAUUUGUAGGACCAGUUCCUGUCCUGUUUCCUUCUUUGACAGUGACAGUAAUAAGAUAGGAUUUCACUGGUUUAACAUUGUUUUCCUCAAAUCAGUUCAGAAGUUCAAGUUCAGAAGACUUUAACAGUUUCAAAAAAGUGAAGUUAUUUACAGGUUCUCCAAAAAUUGGAUUUAUUUGCAGUUAUGUUUAUGUAUAUAUUUGUAUGUUUAUCUUAAAUAAGACAUGUAAGAACAGAAGAAUUGAAAGCAUUUCCGACAUUAUCAUUAUUUAUGUUUUACUGAAGGC